AUGAGGGUUAUUCUGUUGUAUAAAGUGAACACUUAAAAUGUAAAGUAAUUACAAAAUUACUCUUUUGGUAAGAGGGUAAAGAGGAAAGAUGUCUAAGUGAAUGGGUAAAUAUGAUUGAUAAUAGGCUAAAAUUAGGACUUAAAUGGAAUAUGUUUAUUUUCGGUUUCAUACUAAUGUUAACACAUUGAUGUCUGUAAAAUGUGUGAAGAUACAUUUAUGUGGAAACAGAACUUCGAUGACUAUUUAAAUGUCAUGUUAUCUAAAUGUGGAUAAAACCUGUGUUUCAAUGUGGAACAGACAAAGAACAGAAGAUAAUUCAUGAUUGCAGAUACAAAGUUAAUAAUAAAGAUAAUCCGAGUGAAUGGAGUAUGAGCAACAGUUGUCCUGCUUCACUGAUUUCUUUAUAUUAUUUGUAAUAUUUUCAGGGCACUCCGAUCAGAGGAUUAUAUAUAUACAUCUGCCAGUGGGGACCUAGUCGGGACCCGCUACAGAUUCUUGGGGGCUCGUCCGGGAUACUUCGGCACCACCUAGUGGAUCGGGAGCCGAAUGAUGACAACGCUGACCUGCAAUUAGCCCUGUCCAGCAGUGGGGACUGCGAUCGUGGACGAGUGGAGGCCUGUGAUCUAAAGCCGACUGCACCAUCACCGAGCCGUGUUGCCAGCCGUGGGGGAGACGAGGAGCCAUCAUGUCGAGCGGGGGAAGGAAGAGCCUAGUGUGGGACAUUAGGAAGAGCCUACUCACCCUGACAGCUGAAGAGCUUCUUCGGGUCGCCAGAGCGGUAAACCCAGUGUUGGACGUGGACCAGUCAGAGCUUGUGGAGAAAGAUCAGGAGGAAUGCUACGAUCACAUCAACUCGUUCAUGUACAGUAAGCAGUUACUUGAAGCAGAGGACGAGGGAAUGGUUCAGUUGUUCAUGUUAAAAGAUGCUAUUGAUGAUAUAGUAAAAUGUCGUGAUGUUAUGUCAUUUCAAAAUGCAAAGGGUGAUUCUGAGUUACAUACUGGGCAGGGUGGUGAUAAGUUUGACAAUUUAGUUGAUUUUGCUGAAGGUUCUGUUACUAUCCAAACACCCCCUGAACACACCACAGACACACACCCGCAAAGUCGACACACAUCCACUUUAGUCACUACUACAUCCCCUAGUGGUAUUGUCGAACCAGAUUUAGGCUUGGCUAAGGUUACAAUGUUAAAUGUACCUGACACAUCGAACGCUGACUUGCUUAGGAUAAUAAGACCAGGUAUAUUUAAAGAGAUGUUGAUAAACAAAGACGACAUGGCAGUGAUUGAACUCAAGGGAUUUCUCCAAACUCAUCUAAGAGAAAAAAACAGCACAGAGCUAUUCCAAGAGUUGAUGUGUACGAAACAAGAUGAAAAUGAGACACCACAACAAUUUCUCUAUCGUUUGAUUGGCUUAAAACAACGCAUCCUACUGACAUCAAAACUGGCUGACACCAACAUUAAAUACUCUCCAGCUACAGUACAAGAUGUUUUUCUACAUACAGUGUACCAAGGCUUUGGACACAAACACAAUGACAUACGCAGAGAGCUCAAACCUCUGUUGACAACCAGUGGGGUCACUGAUGAGAUGAUUCUACGCCAUGUGAUGAAAAUCACCAGUGAAGAAAAUGAGAGAAUGAAAAGACUUGGUGGACGCAGACAGAUGGUAACAAAUGCACACAGCGCACAGCUCGAGUCAGAUGUGGUAAAGACACCUAGCAUAAAGGCAGAGAGUUUAGGGCCCAAGUCAAAGCAGACAAAACCCGAUCCUCUGAGCGACCUCACGGCCAAAGUAGAGGAGCUUACCAGACUAGUACAGACUAUGCAAAACCAACAACAGUUAACACACAAUGGGCGUCAGUACAGUCAAAAUAGGACGCACUCUAAACGUGGAAGGCCCUAUGGUUGUCCAAGUUGCGUGGAACAAGACAGACAAGACUGUAAACACUGUUUCACAUGUGGGGAAGAAGGACACCGUGCAGCAGGCUGUCUACAGCGUCCAAAGAGACAGGGAAACUCCAACCGGGCACUGGAGAGGGACAUCUAGUGGCCGGGUCUAAAAAUAAGUCCCAACCAGAAGGUGAGGUCAAUAAGGACACAGCACACUUACCCUCACCCUCAACGACAAGCACACUAAGCCACUGUAACCAAGUAGCUCAAGUCCCUCCCCAGUCACCACGUGCAGCUAAAGCUAGAGCAGUUGCUAACCUGAUCGGGAAAAAGGCUCUAGUUCACAGUUAUUUAAAUGGCUUAGCAGUCACUUCUCUGCUCGACUCUGGGUCCCAAGUCAGCAUAGUCAGUCGUGCCUGGAAACAAGAGUACCUACCUGACCUCAGCAUUCACUCAGUUUCU